AUGUCGUUAGGUCCUACAGGCGCAAGCCUGAACCCCGAGCAGGCCGAAAACUUUGAAGAUAUGGAGAAACAAUUUGCUGUGAAAGCGGUGCAACACAUGACUACAUACUGGGCGAUACUUGAGAAAAUGAGAGGCUCGAAGCUACGGCUUACAAAAAUGGAUGAUGAGAUCUACGAACACUUCAAAAAUGAAUUUCCAGAAUUUGACCCAAAAGAAACGAUCGACGAGGACAAGAUGAAGAGCAAGGAGGGCAAGGAGCGAUGGCGGAAUUUCAUGAUGACAUAUGAAAAGACUGUGGAGGACUACAACUUUGGCACAAUGCUGAGAUCGAAUCCAAAGUUCGAGUAUGGCGAGAAGGAGACAAUCUUUGCUAUGCGAAUGCAGUUCUACGCCAUCGAGAUCGCGAGAAAUCGUAAGGGUCUGAACGACUGGGUAUACGAGCAGGCGCACCCCAACGAAGACAGCAGCAAAACAUGA